AUGGAUAGAGUAAGAACACCAAAGUUGCAUAGAUACAUAGCAAUAUUGUGUGUCAUUCUGUUUCUAAAUAUAGAAUGUUCAGAGGAGGUAGACAUAACCAUCAUUGAAAGUGUCGCAUCUAAAGGAGUUGUUUGUUUAGAUGGAAGCCCACCUGCUUACCAGCUUGAUAGAUGGUUUGGAGAUGGUGUCAAUAAUUGGUUGGUUCAUAUACAGGUUAAAGAAUGCAAAUUUUUGCCGAUCAAGGUGGUGAUUCUCAUUGGAUUUACAAUGAGCGAGGUGGUUUUGAUGAUACUAAAUAGAAGACAAUGUCUCAAAUUGGGAAUAGAUUCGUCAUUACUAGAUGUGGAUAAAGUUAAUGCUUCACAUGUAUCACCAUGUGACAUUGUUGCUGUCAUUCGUCCUGCUAUUUAUAAGUAUGGGAUUGCAUGUGAAGAAUUAGAUCAAAAAUAUGUGAUGAAAGAUAACUUUGAGAUGUCAUUAUCAGUUACAUUUUCUAAAAAUGGAAAUGAAACCAAUAUCUAUUUAGGACGUGUAACGCCUUCAUCACGAAAGGACCUACAUGCAUUUACAUAUUUCUAUCAUCAGAGAGAUUCAAGAUGUGAGAAACAUGUGGUGAAGGUCAAAGUUGAAGCAUCGUGUGAGGUCCACAAAUGGGCACUUGCCAAGAAGCUUCCUGAUUAUAAUGUCACGUAUUUACCAUUUCAACUGAUGACUUUUGACUUCAAGGGUGUUGAUAUUCUCAUAGUUCAAAGGAUAGUACAAUCACAGAUGAAGAUAUCGAUAGAAUCAUUACUAAGGGAGAAGAGGCAACUGCAGAACUUGAUGCCAAGGGGUCGGCUUAACCCAGCCCCAGCCCCUGCCACCGAUGAACAUGAGGCCUUAAACCCAAACUCUGACUGUGGUUCACCUGUUAUGAAGAAACAACGAGUGAGCCUUAGCCAAGGGGUCGGCUUAACUCACCAAGUACUCGACUCCAGCUUAAGGCAACAUCCGAUUGUGUAUGGAAUGUCGUUUCUUUAUAGAAAUAUGUAUAAUAUAAAUUAUGUUUCAUUAGGUGGGAUGGGUUUGGGUGUGGUAAUACUCUUAAAACUUGUAAUUCAUGUUAUGAUGCCAAGACAGAUUGGAAGACAAAGCACAGAACUCCAUCAAAUGUGUGAAUCUACACCAGAAGACAUUGAUGAUUUGGAUGAUGUGGAUGCAGUUAUAAGCUACAUGCCACAAGAUUUCAGAGGAACAUUAAUCACACAAGAAUAA